CACAGUGCUCCGCGACAGCCGCUAUGGAGGCCGGCAGGACUGCAGUGCUUCGCGUGAAGCGGAAGCGCAGCGCAGAGCCUGCCGAAGCCCUUGUCCUCUCUUGUAAACGCCUCCGGAGCGGCGCCGUCGAGUCGGCGACCCAAAAGACACCCCCCGAGGAUCUGGAGAGAGGGCCAGAGAAUAAUGUCUUCCAAUUGGUGGCCACUGUGCGCUCCCAGGAGGAGCCAGUCCAGGCGCUCGUUCGAGCCGCCCUGCGCCCUUCCCGGGGCAGCCAGCAGCGUAUCCGCCGCGAUCUCCGCGCUUCGGCUCGGGAGAUCCGGCAGGAGGGCCGCUACAGGGUGAUCUCUGGCCGCCGGUCCUCGGGGAUUCCCUCGGGUGGCCCAGAGUCCGAAGACGCACCGGGAAACCCAGAAGCAUCCGAGGACGCAGGUUUCCAGCUGUUCGACCUGGUCCACGAGGAAGGAGACCCAGAGGCCGUCGCCACCGCAGGCUCCUCCAAAACAUCUGACCCGGAUGUGAUCCUCUGCAAUUCCGUAGAGUUGAUCCGUGAACGGCUGGCUCUAUCUGACGAUGGACCAAGAAUCGGGCACCAGGAGGAGCAGAAGGAUGACUAUGUGUAUGACAUAUACUACUUGGAGAUGGCCACUCCAGGAUGGAUUGAGAACAUCCUCUCUGUGCAGCCCUAUUGCCAGGAGUGGGAGCUGGUGAAUGAUGACCAGCAACCAGAAGAUAUUUAUGAAGAUGAUGAUGAUGAGAACAGUGAGAAUAACUGGCGCAAUGAGUAUCCAGAGGAGGAGAACACUGAUGGAGAUGAGUCCAGAGGUACAUGGGUGGCAGCCUUGGAUGGGAAGGAAUUAGUGGGAUCCAAGACUGAGGUGUGA